AUGGCAGAGCGGCCAUCGGAAAGGAUAAAUGGCGAGAUUCUUCCGGUCGUGGGCUGGGUAGAGACAGACUGUGGUGGACGAGACGAGAGUGUUAUUGAGGUUGGACGGAGAGAGCCUGAGAGGGAACAACCCGCACGGGCCGCCAAGUCUCCGUCCGCACUUGCUCGAAUGAAGCUCACCACCACGACGGAACCUUGCAUCUUGUACCUUUUCUGCCAGUUCGGUCCACUGCCUAUUGUUUAUAUUGACGUUGCUGGGCUGCGAUUGACAGAAUACCAAGAAAAUGCUGACGCUAUUUCCGACAUGGCCGUUCAUCCUCUUCGGAGUCGUCGAGCCUCUCUCUAUGUGAGUAUCCCUUCAAUGUUCCAACUUCCCCAUUCAAACGUCAAAGCGAUCGCCGGCUUCCUCGCACCGCUGCUUGACACAGACAACUUCAUCGCCGGCCAAAGCUCGCUCGCCAACCCACCCCAACUGCCACACCACCCGAGCACUCUCGCGCUCAACUACCAGCUCGCCAACAUCUACGGCCUAGUAGGCAUGCUAGCCUUUGGCGUGAUCUACGGCACGUCGGAGCGCCAUGUACUACGCAACGCGGUGAUUGCGCUUGCCAUUGCGGACGUUGGGCACGUGUAUGCGACGUUCGCGGCGAUGGGGCUGGAGCCGUUCUUGGACGUGGCUUCGUGGACUGCGGUGUCAUGGGGGAACAUUGGGUUUACAGGGUUUUUGUUUGUGAAUAGGGUGGCAUAUCUGCUGGGGGUGUUUGGGUCUGGGGCUGCUACGACGGGGGAGUCGGACAAGGGGAAGAAACGGACUUGA